AUGAAAAAGUCCAACAGUAAAGCUAAUUCUUCAUCUUCUUCUUCAACCAUCACCAUGAUCAAUUCAAAUAUUUCAUCUUCUCCUUCAAGUAGUAGCAACAAAUCUAGUCAACCAGGAAAUAAUUUUAUAGCUAGACCAAUUUUUAGAGGAGAAUUCAAAAAUUACAAAGUUGAUAAACCAAAAAAGAUGAGCAAAUCAAUUAAAUCAAAUCAAAGAAAGGAGAAGAAACCAAUGGAAACUCAAGUCAACUUGCAAAAGACAGUUCCGAUUACUAAUCAAAAGAAGGAAUCAAUAAUGAGCCAACUCACAUUCCAUGAAAGCUAUUCCAAAGAUUUGUGUCCAUUCGGAAAGGUUAAAGUUAAGAAUAAUCCUGUCAGAAAUCAUCCCUAUGUUCAACAAUUUGUUUUGAAUACUUGUCAAUCUACAUCUACAGUAAUGGAUAGUGGAAGUUGCAGUUCAUUUUCAUCACCAUCUAAUAGAUCUCCUAAAUUAACAAUUUCAAAAACUCCAAUUGAAACUUUACAACCUCCAAAAAAGGAAAAUUUCAUAUUUCACUUUAAGGUAAAUGAAGGAAAUCCACAACAAAUAACCAAUUUACAAAGAUCUUCACCAUUCCAAACAUCAUUCAAUUCUUCAUCAAGUUGUUCUUCCAUGAGUUCUUCCCAAAAUAGCAAUAAUAGUCAAUUGACAUUUCCAAAUCAAGAUACAAGUUGUGUGAAUGCAAAGCCAAUCAUGAUGGAAAGUGCCAUUGUGCAUGAACCAGAAUUAAUCAUCUUGCCACCUUUCAGACAAGUUGAUAAAUCAGAGAAUAUCAAAAUUCCUUCCAUUAAAUAUAUUGAGAGCAUGAUACAUCAUCCAACAAGAAUUCAUUCACAAUAA